CCGCAAAGUUUGUGGCGAAGCCGGCGUCGGGCAGAGCGCGCCCCGGGGGAGAUCCAGGAGCUCCCGAUGUCGCGCUGCGGGAGCCGUUGACCCGGGGACGCCGCGGUUUGGGGCAGCAGCGUGGAGCAGCCGGCCGCCUGCCGUCUCCGGUGCAUGGGGACCGGCUGAGAAGCCAGCAUGGGCAACUGCGUGGGGAGACAGCGCCGGGAGAGGCCGGCUGCUCCGGGACACCCCCGCAAGCGAGCAGGACGGAAUGAGCCCUUGAAGAAGGAGCGGCUCAAGUGGAAGAGUGACUACCCCAUGACGGAUGGGCAGCUGCGGAGCAAGCGGGACGAGUUCUGGGACACAGCUCCUGCCUUUGAGGGCCGCAAGGAGAUCUGGGAUGCCCUCAAGGCUGCCGCCUAUGCUGCUGAAGCUAAUGACCAUGAGCUGGCUCAGGCCAUCCUGGAUGGAGCCAGCAUCACUUUGCCUCAUGGAACCCUUUGUGAGUGCUAUGAUGAGCUGGGCAAUCGAUACCAACUGCCCAUCUAUUGCCUGUCACCACCUGUGAACCUGCUGCUGGAGCACACGGAGGAGGAGAGCCUGGAGCCCCCUGAGCCCACCCCCAGUGUGCGCCGAGAAUUCCCACUGAAAGUACGCCUCUCCACAGGCAAGGACGUGAGGCUCAGCGCCAGCCUGCCCGACACAGUGGGGCAGCUCAAGAGGCAGCUGCACAGCCAGGAGGGCAUCGAGCCAUCCUGGCAGAGAUGGUUCUUCUCUGGGAAGCUGCUUACAGACCGCACACGGCUCCAGGAAACCAAGAUUCAAAAAGACUUUGUCAUCCAGGUCAUCAUCAACCAGCCCCCACCACCCCAGGACUGACAGACAGCUGACUCCUGGGAAGAGAGGCCAUGGAGGUCCCCUGCAGGCUGUGGGGCCUAGGCCUGGCGCACAAGGCUCCGGCCUGUGGCUGCCUUCCAGCACUGUUGUCUUCUUCAGGGGCACCUCCUGCCACCCUGCUAUGUGGCUCUUAGUGAGCCACGAAGGGACUUGCCUUCCAGGGUGCUGGAUCCACAGAGCUGCCUGCCACACACAGGCCUUGCCAACCUUGUCGGAGAAAAGGCACUGGCAUUCUCCACCACGGGUUGGCGCCGUGGGGGCCGGCCUACAAACCCUGGACCCCAGAUCUGUCAUCUGGUGCCACCACUGUGCUCACUCCAGUUUUCUGCUCAGGGUUGGAAGCAAUUGCUGUCUCCCCCCCUUUGUCCCUCACCAUGACUCUGCCCUGGGCACAGUGCCAGUCCCCUGGAGGGGAGGGAAUCACCAGUGAGCCCCAGGGCUUGGAGAGCUUGAGGCGGGCCUCUCUGCCUCUCCCUGCACCCAGCACAAUCGGCAGAGAUGAGGCAGAUGGCCAGGUAGCCAGGCUUUAUGGCAGUGGUCUGCACAGGGCCAUCCCCAACGGUAACCCAGGCAGGUUCUGUAGCCUGGUCAUAGCCCCAGCAGAGCCCUGUGUACAGACACAUCUGCAUUUUAUCAAUAAAGCCUUUUGCUCCUC